CUGGAUUUAUUAAGAUGAUUUUACAAAUCCCUGUUGAGGGAUGAUCCAUGAAGAAGGCCGGAUCAAAGUGGAACUUAACGAAAAAAUACAGUUGUUCAACGUCUGUGAAGAUAGUGAUCGUCAUUACCACGUGACGGCUUUCUAUUCCGACUGCGACCAUCAACUGGAAAAGGUGACGUUUGGCUGGCGGUUGGCCAUGGUCUUUGACUUGGUAUUCGAGGAGAAAAUGGUUCAUAACCCCUUAUGCCCACCAGCGAAUCUCCAUUCCUUUCUAGCCGUCGGUCACAUUCAAGAGACUUUAGCGCAAUGGGCCACGAAUGAGAAUGAUUACCCCAGUAUGCUAGCCUUAGUACUUGAUCACCGCUACAGUUCAACUCAGCUCAAUUUUCAUAGCCUGAAAGGCAGGGAUCAUCUUUUGACCGGACUGCUCCGAUCUGUUGAUAGUAUCAAUACGUAUCUGAGUCACUUUCAAGCGCAUGAACGUAGCAUUACCCUCUCGGACCAAGAAGACAGUGAGAACACGGAUUCAGACUGUACCAUUACCCUCUCGGACCAAGAAGACAGUGAGAACACGGAUUCAGACUGUACCAAUUCCAUCUGCAUCUGCUGCGUUACCAAAGGUUGUAGCUGUCAGAAACGGGUGCGUCGGAGAGCCGAGUCACAACCUAACCUGAGAAAUGGUGUCAAGAUUCUUAGCCUGACAGGUGUGGAUGGCAAAACAAUGGAAUGCAUCCCAAUCGAUGUCGACCUCGAUUCGGAAAUGAUUCUUUUCAACCGAAAUGUGCACAACAUCCGUCCCAAUGUAACCGUCUUCGACUGUGAUAAUAUGGAAUAUGAUAUCCCCGACGGCCAUACAGAAUUGGGCCUGUUGCGUUGGUUACGGGAGUGCCAGUAUGACGCAGUGACUGGGCCGAUAGAACAAUUCCAGCUUGCUAAAUACGAAAUAGAGCAGCGGUUUGAAAAGAACAAAUGCCGUGUCAUUUUCGUUGUGCACGUCGAUCCUCGGCCUGUGAGCAUGCACUGGGUGUUUUCCUUUGGUGAUUGUUGGGAUUAUUGUUUCGUAGAUGAAGUCGUCCCUGGCGGCCAAUUAGACCACCAUCGGAUCUCGCUAGGCAAAUUCGUCAAAUCGCCUUCCGACCAAACUUUGUCGAGUUUUAUUGUGGAAAUGUCAACUGAAUCCUUCAAGUCGUUAUUACUCGAAAUGCUCGGCCCAGUUUUGCAGACAAGUCUAGCCACAUUACGGGCCAGCUUGGGACAAUUUUACAGCGGGGUCCGAAUAGCAUUAGGACUGCCAAACAACAAAACCUUGAUAAAAUUGAUGAAAGAAUGUUUGCUGGCCCAACUGAAUGACAGCGGGAUAACCUGGAAUGUAGUCGAUGCAGUGAGCGAUCCAAGUUUUGAUUCUUCUUCUUCGCUAACGGAGGGCCUCUGGGGUGUUUUCAAGCACAAAAUUAGCAACCCUCUUGCACACUUUUUACUUAUCAGUGAUAUUUGGCGUAUUACUGAUCUGCCCUCCUCCAUGUUAUGGUGUGACUUUGUUAUCGCGAAUUAUCCCGACCGUUUGAUGUCGCUCAACUCUUCCGACACUCCCCCUCAAAUUCCUGUUGGAUUUCGAUCCUGCACUCAACCAUUUGGUCGAUUGCUAGCAUCUUUCAACAUGAAUUACGCCCAACGCACAGAACCACGUCUCAAUGGACCGCUUCGAUGGCUCUUAGAGCGUAUCGCCAAAAACGAAGAUGAAAAUUCGCAAGAGAUAAAAGAGGCAUACUUUCUUGAUUGGUUUUUGCUUCGAAUUCCACCACAUUUGCACCGUUGCUUGCGAAAAGUGCCGCUGUCGAAGAUGAGUUAUCUUGUUGACAAUCUGUUUGAAGAACCAGCCAUGUUUUUCCUUGAUUGGGAGCAUUGUGAAGCAGAUGUAAUUGCAGCCCUUGAGCUGGCUAGCAUUGCCUCUUUUGCCACGGCUGAUAAGAUUGACUUCUGGAGCGAGGCUACGGGCAGGAUGCGCAAUUAAAUUUUUACCGAAACAGCAGCUCGGCUAUCCUUAGAAACAUUGGCUUCAGCCGACGUUAUGAAGUCCCAAAAAUUCAUGCAAUCAAUUUCUUCGAUUGAAUUCGGCGCUUACAAACCUACUGGAUUGCGUGAAAGAUUUGCCACAGCUUUGGCUUGGUUUGAGAAUCAGAAACGUAUCUUGGUCUUUGAUCCAGAUUCGGACAUCAGACUUCCAGAACUACAGGUUUCUGCACCUCACAGACUAUUUGAUAGCCUGACAGAUUUAGUCAUUACAUCUGUCAUCCGACCAAGGCUGGCUAGUGAUGGCCAAGGAAGACGAUUUGUCCGACAAGCUGACUUGUACGCCUUGCUAAAGAGCACGUCGUCCUGUAGUUCUCCCGAAGAGCUUUCAAAAAUCCUAGGAGAGUGUCCUACCACCAAUUCGAUCGUAUUACGAGAAGAUAACGUAGCUGGAAAAGAUAUCGACGGACAUUGUUCAAGUUGCGCAAGCCCGCUUACCACAAUUGAAGAAACGGAAGAUGACCAGACCCAUCCUGUUACUCAUUUGAGAUCACCAAACGAAAAAGAGAUAAAUUCCCUCUUCGAAGAUCACCAAAAAUUCAUGUUUUUCUUUGAGCGUGUCGCUGAGUUGUUCAUCCAACAGCGAAAAAACAAUCCGCGUGAUAUCCAAGAUUUUCUGCAGUAUCUUUUAAGUUCCGAUUCCCGUCUGCGAGUCUCAUGGCGUUUCAUGACCGUUAUCGUACGCACGGUUUUGUCAACUCGUUCUGGCAAAAAAGUUAUGGAUGACCUUCUCUUAACCAUUCGAUGCAACCGGCCGUCUGGCGAAUUUAAUGUUAAUGCCCACAAUUUGUUACGUGCCUUACUCGCGUGUGCCGACCAAGAUAUCCGGAACAACCAGGACGCCGAACCAGGUUUUGAUUUGAUUGAAGCUGCCAUGACAAGAGAUUGGACGGUUGAUCGCAUUCAACGACUAGCUAACAUUCGAAAGCAAAUAGCUGAAGUUGAAAAUGGAAUAGGGGAUGUUAUCGCAGAAUGGUCUGGUUGGCGGAAAAACCAGAAUGACCAAGCCCUCACGGAUUCUUUGCUGUUCUUCAUCUUGCGUUUCUACUCUGAUGAAGGAGACCAAACACGACUGAGCCGAAUGUUCCGCAAUCCAAGAAUAGCUGAAGAACUAAAUCACCACAAGGUUGUUAACAGUUUCAUCAAGACUUUAUCUCCGCUCUCGCUAGGUUUCGAUCUACAACCUGCUGCCACUACAGCCAAUGUAUUCCAAGAGCGCUUGUUGGAUGGAGAUCGUUUUGGCACUGGGGCAUUCGAGCAUUAUCCUGCACUACGCGAAAUCCAACCCGAUUGGGCUCCUUUCAUCGCUCGACUCGCGUAUCACGCGUAUGAUAUCUUCCAAACCAAACAUUUCCGCUUGCUAAGAGAAAUGGCUACCAAUCUGGUUGCUACGUCGCAAUAUCUUCUUCCGGGCAUUGACAAUCAUCCUUAUUUGCCCAGCUUUACAUUGGAGGCGAUGCGCUGGUUUGUUUGUAACUGUGGAACAUUGAAUUGUGUCGGGAACUGUGGAAAUCCCACGCCAGCAUCCAUUUGCAUCAAUUGUCGCGUGGCCCUUAGUCAAGCCGCUCACCAUCCACGAGCUGGAGUUCGACGAGCAACCGCUAGAGACUUUCAGCCACCGACUGGGAUUCACGUAACUCGAGCUGCCACCCGUACUCCAACUUUUGCUGCGAGAAACUGUUCACCGGUCGUCACCCGAUUUGCACUCCUGCUGAAUUCGUUGGCACUGAUGAAUGCUGCUUUAAAUCCACGAACAGAACAACACGCCAUUGCUCAUCUACUGCUGACGCUUCCACUUGCCGAACGUCAGCGUGUUGAAAAUCGUCAAUCAUUAAUUCAGCUCCUGUCGAAUCAUAUAAUCGUCCAUCUAGACCUACUCUGCCAGCUAUUAGUGGCAUCUAGACCACAAUUGACAAUGACGGACAAGUUCCGCAUUGGCCAUUUGUUACUCCACAAAUUACUCGCAUCUCAGGACCGUUCAUUUCUUACACACGCGGCCGAUUUUGCUAACGGAACACAGGCAAGAGAGACUUUCGAAAAUGGUCUAACAAGACUGCUGGCCCAACAAGUAAACCUAGCGGAAGAGCUCGAUCAGAUCGCAGGGCAAUCAGAUGCGGCAUCGAAGGCAUUUAGGCAAUCCUUCCUGCACAACGAAACAUCGCAUUGGGCCUAUGCAAGAAGAGUCUUUGCUGAUCGACAAACCUUACAACUAGAACUGGCCAGGAACGGUCAGCUGCGCAAAACUCUGCCUUUCCUGAAUUUGUUACUGGAUGAUGAAAAUUGGAUGCGCAAAUUGAAUGCGUUGCAAUACCUUGGCGAAGCUUUACGUUUUGUCGCUCUCGUUCGCACUGUUUUGGCAGGAGAAAUAACUCUAGAGGAAGCAAACCGUAUGACCAUCGCCCAGGGUUUGGAAAAAAUCACGGAUGUCGUUUUGCAGAAAGUAGUCCUAUUAGAUCGCGGGCGCCCUGUAGCGACCAGGGAACAUGUGAUGGAUCUGUUUGAGGGUUUCAAACAGUUAUGGGAUCGAUUCAGUCAGCUACAGAACGCGGAGAAGAAAACGUUCUUGGAUUACUUUACAACCAACGGUUCUUGGAUUACUUAACAAGUUGAUGUCAGCGUUAGACCCAAAACAAUACUUGAUCAAGCAGCACCCCUUAUUCUGAUUUUGGCCGGCAGUGAACUGCCGGAGACUACGUUCAGUUGCCAACUAUUGAGUCACGCUGUGGAAGCUGCUUCAUCCAUCGCCCUCACGGACUUCAUUCAGCCGCUUUGUCGAGUAGGCUCAGGACGCGUCCGACUCUCAUGUUCAAGCGCUGCAGCUUUAACUGACUUCGAUGAAUCACUAUACGCCCACGUUUCAACCGAAGAGGUCGAUAAUUUUAUUCGGGAUCAUGUCAUCGACCGGUCCACUCUCAAGCUAGCUGAGUCAUUUGCAAUGGCGGCCAUUUUAGGACCGGCUGGUAGUACCAUAGCGGAAGAGUUGUCUCUUGAUGUCAUCCCAGAAUUUUUGUUCAAAGACGAUGUGGAAUCGGGAAAUUUUCUUGUGAGUCUGGAGAGGCGUUCUAUCCCUUGGCAGCCAUCUACGAUACCUCCUCAACUCCAGGAACUCAUCCUAGCUGAUUUGGAAAAAAAUCGCUGUUUGGCCGAGGCUAGAUCGGUCCUCAUUUCUGUCAUCACGCAUCUUCAUUCAAAUACCGAACCACUAGUCGUUAGCAAGGUGCGGAAGAACUACAUCUCCGAAGUAUUGGAGGAAUUGGUGCAGGCAGAAGUUUUGACAGAACGCCACAUAUCGAACGCCACCGUAGGCGCCCUCAACAGACAUUUGAAAUUGGAAGUUCGUCACGCCUUUGGUUUGCUGAAAGCCAUUGUGGCGCGAAUGAAAGGUGAUGACAUUUUCGGUGGCCGCGUUCGAGAAGGUUGGACGACGAUGAUACCUGAACGCCUUGCUCAACUGACGAGGCAAAAAUUACGAGCCGAUACCCAACCCGGUGGAAUACUGGAAAGUUUGUUACAGAUGGUUAACAUUAUAUCAGGUAAUCAGACGGUCCCGGUCGAGCUUACCCCCGACAAGUCUUUGUUGUAUGCCAUCAGACAGAUCGAAGGUUCGGAAUGGGAUGGAAUUCCCGCCGAAUUGAAAAUGGAGCAUCUCGGCCACCUACACAACAUUGUCGAAUCCGUUGCCAAAAAAAUAAGCCUUACGUCAAUUGUUUUCUUGUCUUUCUUUUUUUAAUCCAGUUUGUUUUUUUAUCCGAUAUUACGCCAAUUAAGAUUAAUAAUUAUUGAUUUCUUCCUGAAAUAUGUGAUCAAAGGUUUGGUGAAAGUCGUUCCUGGUCUAGUUUAUUUGUAAUUCAUUUUCCUGAUAGAGGGUUACAAAAAUUAAUAAUAAUAAUAAUUACUUUUUCAUUCUGGGUUUGGCUCUUUAUUCUGUAAACAGUGUUCUGCAUCUAUCAAUACAUAGUAAAAGCUGAAAUGGCGAAAGGUAGUGAAGUUCACAAACCUGGACGUGUCAAUAUGGGUUUAGUGCAAUUGCCGUUUUUUUUUUUUUUUUUUUAUUCCGUUCAAGUAUUGAUAAGUCGUUCUGUUCAUUCAACUACUAUUCAAUUCAACUGGUUUAAAGUAUUGGUGUCACACAGUCAAGUGUAUGGAGUAGGUGGUGUGACUGUGAGGAUUUAGUUUUUACCGUAGGUUGAGCAGAUAAAACAUUUCCAGCUGGUCAGCUUAUGUAAUUCAGCAUUUGUAAGUCAACCUAAUAGAAAGAUAACUUUUUCUUCUUACAAUGCACAGAUAAUAGAAAGAUUACUUUUUCUUCUUAUGAUGCACAGAAAAUAGAAAGAUAACUUUUUCUUCUUAAGAUGCACAGACUCAUUUGCAGUUAAUGGUUCAGUUUUCCUAGUAGUAAAACAAAUUGUUAGUUGAGAUACAGAAUUACAAACUGUGAAGCACAGGAUUUCAUACUAGUCUGCAGUGUACUGCCUGUGCAAACCAGACAGUCUUGCGUAGCCCUAGCAUGUUGCACUUGGUCGUAAUAAAAUCCACACCAUACAGAUGGUAAUUCUUAAAGUCAACUUGCUUCUGACAUGCGACGCCAUAUUACGUCACUUCACCUAUAUGUUCACCUAUAUGUUGGAAUUCUGAAAGCGUUUUGCACGAAAAAUCUUUAGUUAAGAACGCUGAAAACUUCGUUUCAUAAUAAAUUAAUAUUUACUAUGGAAGCUUCCAAGCCGAAUGUCAGUUUCGAAGAUCAGCAAGAUAUGCGGACUCGCAGCAGAAAUAUUUAUUUUCUCUUCUAUUUUCUUUAUUAAAUAUAAAACUCUUUUCAUUUUAACAUUCCAUUAACGUAAACCCAACAAUUCAGUAGCAGACAGACCAGCUUGUUAUGCCCGAAGCCCCGAACUUUCGAAGUUCCACAGCACUCUCGCCAGAUGCUAGAGGACCCCAUGUUUUUAUAAGUUCUGUAACAUUUUGGCUGCAGAUUUUCAUUUAUUAUUAAGUAUUUCCCAAGUUCAAUGGAAAAGUUUUUUAUUUAUAACAAUUAAGGUGUUCUUAUUGUUAGAUUUCAGGUUUUUCUUUAAUGCGCAAUCUUAGCGUACGUAGGUCGUAAACCAAACUGUAGCCUGUACUUUCAGAACUGUUUAGAAUCCCGUUGACAUUUAUUUAUAUCGGUCUAUCUUUGCAACUAGGCAAUUCUCGUUAACAAUUUAAAGGAGAAUAAAGCUCAUUUUUUGGAUUUCCAAAAUUUCUAUUUCCGGUUUUACUUCCGGUUUUAAAAUGCCUAAUAAGUCCUUAUUUGUUGGUCUGUCAGAAAAAAAUUCGCAUUUUCGUGAUCCUCGUCAAAUUUGGGGUUGACUCCAUGUAUCAGCUCAAAAUACCCGAAAAUCGUCAAAAAUCGCAAAUUUUCCUGAACCAUGUUCGUGGAAAAUCGCGAUUUUGAUCAAAUCCGACUUUUGGCUGAAAACACGUCAGUCCAACCCCAAAUUUGAUAAGGAUCACGAAAAUCCUACUCGAGGAUUAGGAUAGGAUAGGAUAAUUUUUUCCGGAGAUAUUGUCUACUUUCGGUUACUUCCGGAAAAAUUUCGCGACAAUCUGCAAAAAGUAAAAAAUGAGCUGUAUUGUUCUAACAAUUUCAAAUACUUUUCUCGCAUGCGUUAGUGUGUGGUAGCUAUUAUUCCGUGUUUUCUUGCUUUCAACACUACAGGCUGAUCCUACGAGCUACGACUGUUUUACCUACAAAUGUUUAGCGUUUCGUGCUGCUAGUAGUUGAUAUUCUAGGAUGUUAUGCCUCAAAUUGGAAUUCAGCUAUCAUAGAUUAGCACAAUUCAACCACUAAAUCAAGUAUUGUACUUUCUCAACAUUCAACGUAAAAUAUAGAGGCCAUAAUGGGGCAACCCGGGUAAGUUAUUUUGGGUUCUAUGCGGAAACUCUAGAUGGCGUUGAUGUAAAAUGCAAAACAUCUUACUUGUUGGCAUUUCCGUUCCAAAAUCCAAAGAUUUGUUGUUUUCGCAAUUUAAGAGUCACUAUCAAAAUAAUUAAGUAUGGCAACACAGUUAGAAAAAUGUUAAAGAAAUUUUGUGUAAUCAGCUGACAGAACAGUGAAAAUUAUACGAUCAUCAAAAAGGAAAGACAGAAAAAAGUAUUCGAAAUUAAUGUUGGAAUUUCAAAUUAUCCAGUGUUUAAUGACGGCGAACAAAUGAAUGCAAAGUAGCUGGAAUCUCCUUCACGUCAAAUAGAAUUUGAUUUUGGCGCAGGACUUGUGCUGCCAAACAACUUAGUGGCAAACGGUGUGAAGCAAAGCUUGAAGGCGAGGAUCGGGCAUUCUGUCAAAUACUCUGUGCCAUUGCCUAAAGUGCAUCAGAGGUGUUUGCCUGUGCCAUUGCCUAAAGUGCAUCAGAGGUGUUUGCCUGUUGUAAUCAGCUUGAUCAAUAUGGCCUCCAUGUUCCAUGACCACCUGAGCUUGGCCAAAAUCCUUAGAAUACAUGCUCAGCCAAUGUAGAGGUGUUAAUCCGUCAGCAUCCGUUGCAUUAGGAUCAGCUCCAAGUUCCAAGAACAACCUAAUUACGGCAAUCUGCAACUCCUUAGAGGGUGUUUCCAAAACUUGCUCCUCUUCUAUUAUUCCAUCUUCAAGAAGGUUCACGUCAAGGUUCAAGAAAUCAUCUUCAACCUCUUCUAUUAUUCCAUCUUCAAGAAGGUUCACGUCAAGGUUCAAGAAAUCAUCUUCAAAACGAACCACGUCAAAAUCAUCAUCGUUGUCGUUAGGACCGCCAUUAUCAACGUGGUAGCCACACGAAGAACAUCCGCUAACAGAUCCAUCAGUUUCGCCAUCAUCACUAACACAUGAACAAGAGUCGCUAUCAUCAUCGUCGUCGCUAUCAUCAUCGUCGUCGCUAUAAUCAUCGUUGUCGCUAUCAUCAUCAUCAUCUUCGCUAUCAUCUUCAUCGCUUUCAUAGGCACAAUUAGGAGGUCUGCUUAAAUAUUGCAAUGGAUCUUCACAACGGCAAAUCAUGUGCAAGAAAUUUUGGCAAUCCAAACCCCAUCUACGGUCGUUACGAAGGAAACGGUAGAGACAACGUUUGAAUUGGUGACUUUCGUGAGCAUCUAACUGUGGAAGCAUCUCAACAAUUAACAAGACCAUCUUCAAGAUGUUGCGUGCUAUAUCGUACGAUGUGCGUAAUCUACGUUCGCUAUCUUGUAGACCAGUAACAUAGUCACUAGCAAACUCGAAAGCAAUCAUUAGAUUGGCAAAUGUAAAUUCUUCUCGAUUGUCCGGUGGUCUGUCACGCAAUUUUUUGAAACUAUUCGUCAUGUAAUCAAGUACGCUGCUGGCAAUGUCACUAGCCUCGAAAUCCUCCCAUUGAUGUUGUUGAAAAUACUCAAGAAAGAACAAGCCAAUGCAGAUCA